AUGGAAAUCUCCCGCGAGCUGACUGUGGGCGCGAGCCGAGUGCCUGUCGCUGCCGCCGGGCACGGCCGACGGCCCGGCGCUCCCAUGCACAGGCAUGCCGGCACCGAACGUGAUUUAAUUCCGAGCUGCGCCCACCCAAAGGUGAUUCGUGGUGUUUACAGUCACGUUUCAUUCCCCUUCCUGAAUUUCUUGGCCAAUUUCCAUUUCCCAGGACCCAGCCUGGCUCCUCCCUGCCUGCACCAGUGCUGCGUUGUGGGGACCACAGUGUCCUCGGGCUCCCAGCCCGUGGCGGAAGACGGCGUCCACAUUUACCAGAUGUUGCGUGAGACGCGCGCGUGUCACGGGAUGACGCUGGCAUCUGUAACCCCAGCGGAUGACACCUGGAUUCGAGGAUUCCUGUUUUCAUAUCGGAACUGGGCAGAACUACCAAAAAAUGACGGUGCCUCCAGCAGGAGCACAGCGUCUCCCAUCCAGCUGAGGAUCAUCUUCUGGACUGGAAGCGACAGCUUAAAUCCAGAGCUCAGAGCAUCCCAGCCGGGCGGUAGCUCCCGAAAUCAUUGCUCUAAGGGGUCCCGGCUAGUUGAGAGCCUCAAGCAGCGAGAGGAGCCUGCAGCAGACCCAGCUCCUGCAUACCAGCUUCUUGCGGAGGUCCACGUAGAAAGUGCCGAGAAGCAGCAGGAGGGCAACAGCCAGGGCGGCAACGACGCAAACUGGGGCAACGGCCAGAGCAGUAACACCGAGAACCAGGGCAGUAACACCGAGAACCAGGACAGCAACGUCGAGAACCAGGGCAGGAACCCAGGCAGUAACAGUGAUAACCAGACCAACAACCAGGGUAGUCAAAUGGGCUCACCGAGAGAUAAAAACACAUCACCACAGUCAAGUUCCUCCGCUGCUGAGGGCAACAGCUUUUUAGACAAUGAAGAAAACCCCGGAGAGGAAGAGGAUGGGGCCAAAGGAGGCAGCGAUGCCUCCUCCUUUAAUAAGAAGAGAGAGAAGAGCGUUCCUUCUCCCCCCAGGGACCAGUCGGAGAGCAGCCACUUCUUCGCCUAUCUGGUGACCACGGCUAUUAUCGUUGCUGCCUUAUACGUUGCGUAUCACAACAAACGCAAGAUCAUUGCUUUUGCUCUGGAAGGGAAGAGAUCGAAAAGUGGUCGACGGCCCAAAUCUAGCGAUUAUCAGAGACUGGAUCAAAAGAUCUAGACUCCCCCUCGGAUGUUCACUGGAAUAACGACGGCCGGCGAUGAGAAUGCAGGAACGCUGGGACGCCCACCGACUCCCCCGCUGCCGUGCUCCGAGUUGCGGCUGUGCUGCCGCGUUCGGAUUUCAGACAACAGGAGGAAGGGGAAAUGCUUUUCUUUUUGCACCUGCACCUUGGUAACGUUAAACCUCUCACUUCCUCGAAACGCGUUUCUCCUUUCCCAGCUGCCUGAAGAUGAACUCGUUUUCCGCUUGGGCGUCUGGCUUCUAGCCUGUGACCCAGGAAAAGCCGGUCCCCAGCACUUGACAGAACUUUUGUGUCCAAAUGAAAUGGAAUUUGCCAUCUACUGUACUGACGUCUCCUCGGGGGGAGGGGGGAGGAAAUCCGCCUGCGAAACGAGCCAUCUGACUCUUCCCCUUCCAGAGCCAUAGAGCUGCCUUUGUAACCAGCACAGUCUUGCUUGAGACAGGGACGUUCUCCUCUUCUGUCCAUUGUAUUUGGAUGCUAAAGUUCGGAGCGUGACUGAUUGCACUAGUUUGGAAACGAUCCGCCAAGGAAUCUGAUUUGAUUUUGAUACUGAUUUUUUUUUUUUCUCUCUCUCCGUGAUGAAGACGAUGUUAGAGUUUAACGUCUAGAUUCUCUUUCGUGCACAUUUUUGGAAACGCUGGAGCAGUCUUUGGCCCUUGGGUUGUAGCUUCAACUUCCUCACCUGCAUCUUAUGCUCCACGCGGGUCUUUUCCCUCACAAUCCCCGGAGUUCAGAUGUUUGCACUAAAGGUGACAGUUGCAGUGUGAUGCUGUGAAGGAGGGCGGGUUAGGCUUAGGAAGCUUCACGCCAAAUUGCCGCCGUGUAGUUGUAGCAGACUUUGCCUUGGAAGAUUGCUUUCCUAGCCCUUGUAAAAUGUAGUCAUGUGGUAAUGUAAAACCUACGGUAGUCCUGAAGUGUUUGGGAUGAAUGAAACUUGCGGUCAUUCAAACCCCUUCCUCAAAAAUUGCGGUACUGAGGCCUUGGAGUAUUUGGCUCCACUGGACGAGCUUCCAUCGGCUGUAGAGCUCGCUGGGACUGAGCGCUCGGCGUCGGCUCCGGCUGGAGAAACGCCGCUUCCUCGCCCGGUUGAGAGGCGAGGCGGCUGCUC